UUUAGAAUGCGGCUCUUAUCUAAUCGCAGGAUGCCAGGCCUAGGAGCCAGGGAUUGUGGAAAAGGCUCAAGCUCAGGCUGCUUGAUCGCGUUCAACUGUCGCCAGGCUGCUCAAAGGUUUAUCUUCAUACAACAUUCAACAUGGCUCCGGAAAGCCGUUCUGAAGCUGCGCCACCUGCGCCAAACACCUUCAACGCUCCCCCAACUGGACCUCACCCAUCAUACAUCCAGGUCGCAAAACCAUACCUGUUCCAGCAGCAACUCCAAAGCCAACUAGUUGCUUUGGGCGCAAACCCUACUCGAGAGGAUAACUUCAGAUUACAAGGUGUACAAUGGAUCAAUGAGGUUCGAACGGCUUUACAGCUGUCAGUUGCUUCGUUUCUGCUUCUCUUGUUCACCGCUGAUUCAAAACAGCCCGGUGCGAACGUUCUGUACAGCCUGUGUCUACUUUCAUAAGUUCCGCCUUGCUCACAAAGAUACGGAAUACCAAUUCCACGAUGCCGCCGCUGCUGCUUUACUCACUGCUUGCAAAAUUGAGGAUACUUUGAAGAAGUCUAGGGAAAUUCUUUGUGCGGCGCAUAAUGUCAAGGUUUCCAUAAAUGAGCACUUGAGUCCGGAUGAUCCUGUAUGUAUACCAUUUUUCAGGAAGUCGCAUAUACUAAACAGAACUUCCAGACGUUCGAAAAUUCCUCGAAAAUAGUCAUCGGUCUCGAAAGACUUAUGUUAGAAGCCUCCGGGUUCGAUUUCCGUGUACGAUUUCCUCAUAAACACAUCAUCAAACUCGCGAAGGAGGCGAAUAUCAAUAAAGAAGUGGCAACGGUUGCUUACAACAUUAUGUUGGAUCUAUACCGAACUUUUGCUCCAUUAAAACAGAGCUGUGCUGCCAUGUCAUUUGCUUGCAUCGAACUCGCUACUCUACUUCUGGAGACACAAGAAAAGAACAUUCGAGGUGAACGAGCGCCUUCCUAUCGAAGGUGGCAUACCAAAAGAGCCGAGGUUGUGGAAACAACGUUGGAUCUGCUUGAGCACUAUACUCAUUUUCAGAAAUCUUCUCCGGUGGGAAUGGCAUAUCCGAUUGAGAAAUUUAUCAACAUUCGAAUACAGGUCAAUCAGGAGUUGGAGAAGGAAUACACCAUGGAGCGUUUCACAGAACACCAGGAAGUUCCCAAGACAAACGGGAUCAAAUCAAAUAUCAAGACACCCAAAACGCCAAUCACUCCAGCUAGUCCGUCUGACCUACGAGUUAAUGGUAAGGACGUUGCAUCUCCGGCAACACUUAGUCCACGUUCCUCCGGUUCAAAUCGCAAAGGUGCGGGUUAUCGUGGGCAAGAAGGAACUAUUCGCUUCAUGUUGGAUCCAGAAAAAGCAAAGCAAGAACGCGGUACGGUAGCCGAGUACUUCAAGGUGGAGUACGAAGAAUAUGAAGUGGAAGUGGAGGAAGCCAUCAAGCCCGGAAGACCAGAGUACAGAGGGCCUCCGAGAGAACGGAAUGGUUACCAGGGACACAACGAUCGUUAUCAAAAUAAUUACAAGCGGGUUCGUAGAUGAAAUGAUUGAAGGAUUAUGGCGUUAUUUGGCAGG